AUGUCCACCGAGAACAACGAGACCGGCGGCUCUUUGGCCGACCGUAUCACCAAACCUGAUGAGGCUUCCCAGCCCGCCACCACCACGACCGAGACCCCCGAGAAGAUCAGCGAUGACGGUGCCGGAACUGCACUCCAGGGUUCGGCGCUUCAAGAGCCUGACUACCAGGUCGAGGUCAAGCUCAGUGACCUGCAGGCGGACCCUAACAACCCCCUGUUCUCUGUGAAGAGUUUCGAAGAUCUUGGGCUUGACCCACGUAUCCUCAAGGGUCUCUCGGCCAUGAGCUUCCGCAAACCCUCCAAAGUGCAAGAGCGCGCACUCCCUCUGUUGAUGCAAAACCCCCCGAAGAACCUCGUGGGACAGUCCCAGUCCGGAACUGGCAAGACUGCCGCCUUCGUCCUGAAUGUCCUGAGCCGUGUCGACAUUUCCACCGAAGAAAUGCGGGCUACUCCUCAAGCCCUGAUCUUGGCUCCCACCCGUGAGCUUGCUCGUCAAAUUGUUGGUGUCGUUCAUGCGAUGGGACAGUUCCUCGACGGUCUUAGCAUUGGAACUGCGGUCCCUGCCGAUGCUUCGGCUCGGCCAACUCGAAUGACCGCCGCUAUUGUGGUUGGAACUCCUGGUACUGUCCAGGAGAUGAUCAAGAGACGCGUCCUCAACCCCACCCGUCUCCAGGUCCUGGUUUUGGAUGAGGCCGACAACAUGCUCGACCAGCAGGGUCUUGGCGACCAGUGUAUUCGUGUCAAGUCAAUGCUCCCUCGUACUAUCCAGGUUGUGCUGUUCUCUGCCACCUUCCCGGCCCACGUUCACCGCUAUGCUGCUAAGUUUGCUCCGGACGCGAACGAGAUCACUCUUCAUCACGACGAGUUGACUGUCGAGGGUAUCAAGCAGUUGUACAUGGACUGCAACAGUGACGAGGAGAAAUACACCAACCUUGUCCAGCUCUACGGCUUGCUGACUGUUGGCUCGUCGAUCAUUUUCGUCAGGACUCGUGCUUCCGCUGUCGAGAUUGAGAAGCGCAUGACCGCAGAGGGCCACACCGUUGCUUCCCUUACCGGUGGUAUCGAGGGAUCUCAGCGUGAUGCCGUCAUUGACGCCUUCCGCAAUGGCGAGGCCAAGGUGCUCAUCACGACCAACGUUCUCGCCCGUGGAAUCGAUGUCUCCACUGUAUCCCUUGUCGUCAACUACGACAUUCCCGAGGUCAUGAACCCUAACCGCCAGCGCGAGCCCGACUACCAGACCUACCUCCACCGUAUUGGUCGUACCGGUCGUUUUGGCCGCAUUGGUGUUGCCAUCUCCUUUGUCUCCAACCGGGAGGAGUGGGAUAUGCUUCGUCAGAUUCAGCAGCACUUCAGCUGCCAAAUUGACCGCAUCGACACCAGCGACUGGGAUGAGGUCGAGCGCAUGAUCAAGAGAACGAUCAAGAACUCACGUGCCCAGGCCCAGUUCGCCAAGAACCAGUGA